AGGAAAUGAGGUAUAGGGUGCCUCCUGGGUUAUGAUAUCUGGACGUAUCUGGAAACUCCGGCUCACCUGAAGAAUACUCCCAGCAUAUAUGAAGGUCGCCUCACCUGAAUAUCGAGGCAUUUGUUACGGUGAAGCUCACAGAUUACAUAAAGAACGAUGUCUUUCAGCAUGAACCCGUUAAUCUUGGCGGGAAUCGCUCUUGUGCUAGUGGUGAUUGGUCAAGCAGACGCCAACAGCAGAAUAGCAAGACAGAGCAUAUUUCCAAAUGGCGGACCAAAUUGCGCCGCAGGAACCACCUGUAUACCCCUGAGGACAUGUCCUUCGCUACAGGCUCUCCUCCAGCGUCCGACAUUUGAAAACCUCAGGAGACUCCAAAGUGCCCUCUGCGGGUUCAACAGGCGUGACCCAACGGGUCGAAAACGUGACCUAGUCGUGAUUAUAGUAUGCUGCCCAGCCACCGGACCUGCAACUCCACCAACACCGGCACCUGUGACUCCUGGGCCGCCCACGCCCCCAACACCUGUGACGCCUGGCCCUGUGCAGCCCCCAGUUGGUCCACCAGGAGCAGGAAACGAGCUGCCCACCACGUGCGGCUCCCCUGCCUUCUCACAAACCAGAAUCUUCUUCGGAGAGACUGCCCCCAUCGGGCAAUAUCCAUGGAUGGCAUUGCUGGGAUUCUCCUCACCCGGAAACACAAACGUCGUCUGGGGUUGCGGUGGAGCUCUCAUCAACUCCAGAUAUGUCAUCACUGCCGGACACUGCGCUUCUCGCCAAUUCACAUUCAACAGGCAAAUCACUGUCGUCCGCUUGGGUGAAUACGACAUCAACGCCAGCAGCGACUGCCAGUCCACUACGACCGGCCAACGCUGCAGUGAGCCUCACCAGGACUUCGCCCCUGAGCAGGUCAUCGUCCACCCGACCUUCAACACCCGUGGCACCGUCAGCGACGACAUCGCCCUCAUCAGGCUCGAUCGACCAGUCCAAUUCACAGUUUACAUCGGGCCCAUCUGUCUGCCUGCUGAAGGAGCGACCGUGGCUAGCCUUGUGGGAAGCCGUCAGGCUUCUGUGGCCGGAUGGGGCACAACAGAGAACGGACCCAACACCCAAAUUCUGCAACACGUCACUCUGCCUUUCGUCGACAGGGACACCUGCAAUCCCCACUACAACAACAGCCUUAUCCAAGAACAGGUCUGCUUCGGAGGUGAAGGCCGCAGAGACUCUUGCUUUGGUGAUUCUGGUGGACCAGUUAUGAUUUCCGACCCUGCCAGACCCCGAUACUCCAUCGUGGGGGUGGUGUCCUUCGGACAACCUCAAUGUGGUGUGGCCGGAGUCCCAGCAGUGUACACAGACGUCACCGCUUACAGGAGCUGGAUCGUUAGCAACCUUACUCCUUAGAAAAAAAAAAGUCGACAAACUUCUGAAAGUUACUUUGUGAAAUGAAGGAAAUGUCAUAAAUGCCGCUUCUGUCACAUUCAACAUAAGUUAAUCGUUCACCUCAUUCUCAGAAAAGUGUCUGUCACCAGGACUGUGUUAAGGCUUAUGGACAAUAACUCAAGAAGCAUCUGAGAGGGUAGCCAAGGACCAAGGCCAAGACCAUUCAGUCUAUAUAUACUACCAAUCGUGUUAUAAAUUAUCGGAUCGCUAUUGAUGAUCUAAAGCCAUUUCCUCUGGGUCAAGGUAACCUUCCAGAAAACUUUCUAGGUUUUUGUCCAAUGACUUUUUGACAGACUUCAGUCAUCUAAUUCAUAAAUCUCCAAAUCAUCGGUACACAAUCUUUGGGUAAACUUCCUCAUACGACAUCUAUCCAUGCGGUGGGCAGUUCAACAAUCUUUGUUUAUAAACUAUAAUCCCUGACCCAACAGAAAUAUUUUACACAUCUAAAUAUCAUACACCACACUUUCCCAAACUCCAAUGAGCAAUCACUAUCCUAACCUGACCUAUACAUAAAGGGGGAAACUUCAUGGGGACGGAACCAUAAACUACGAUAACCAUACACUCCGAUAACCAUACACUCCGAUAACCAUACACUACGAUAACAAGUCCGCUGGAAUUCAACCUUCACCAACUCAUGAUGAUCUCACACAAUCAAGAUGGGGUAAUUUAUUUCAAAACGAAAUCUCAAGUUUUUAAAAGUAGUUUGUCCACAAAAGUACUGGUUUGGUAUAUAAUCAACUGUGUAUAAAUUAUCAUAACAUUCCCGUGCAUGUCAUUUAUAAGUCAACCUAAAUGGGCUGCUUUAUCCCUGAUUUAGAUUUUCAUUCUACUACUUUGUAAGUGUGACCAAUGAUUUUAAACAUGAUUCUUUAAGCCCUAAAUAAAUAGCAUCUGCGCAGUAAUAUAACACGUCAAGUUCCUUUUAGUAUUUACCGAAGAAUACGUGGACUCCUUUCUGGCAAGGUUUACAAAGACAGAUAAAGAAAAUUAUUCUCGCCAGAGGAAUGAAAAUAAUGUAGGUAAAUUACCUGGAAGAUAAAUCAAAGGAACACACAACAGUGGGGUAGUAGUUAAGCUUCAUCAUAACGCAACCUCAUGUAAUCAAGUUCUUGUGUAAUACAAGAUCAUUAAAUCUAUCCAUGAUGUCUUGCGUCAUAAUUUUGUAAAUAAAAUAUAAAAAAUAA